AUGGCGUCUGAAGCGUUUAGCGAGGAGCGCUUGCAAUCGUUGGUGGAGCUGUUGACAACCAGCUCUCGUGAUAUCAUCAACGACAUCACGGCCGUGGCUGAGAGCCAUAUCGACAAAAGUGAUCGAAUAGUGGAUAUCGUCGAGCAAAGAAUCCAAAAGUGCCUUCCUCAGUAUAAAGUAUACGCUUUUUAUGCAAUGGAUUCGAUCGUCAAAAACAUAGGGAACCCAUAUCGUUCGCUUUUCAGCAAGAAUCUAUAUAAGAUCUUCACAGAAUCAUAUUUACUUGUGAAUGAUGUGAUGCGAAGGCAGGGUUUGAUAGACCUUUUUACCACCUGGAAGAACGGCUUAUCCAGCUCGGGGCUGGAGAUUUUUGAAGACGAGUUACUCAAGCGCAUAGAGAAGUUCAUAAUAAAGGCCACCAGU